GAUUUUCAAUUCCGCGCCUGGCACGUUCCGGAGCGAGUCUCAGGCUGCUCCCCAGCUCCCAGCCGCCGCGCGUCCUUGCUUCUGGAGUCGAUUCCCCGGAACACUCUCGCCCGCCAGGAGCUGCCUGCAGCAUUGUAUGGCAGAAGCCCCUAACCCCGAGGAGUUGUUCUUCCUCCCCAUACAGCUCUUGGUUUAGGGUCCGUUUUCGAGACUCUAAGAGAAAUUCCGUUGAGCACCUGUGCUGGGACCCGGCCCAGAGAAGCAACUUGGACCCACCAAGAACGUCUACCUGCUAGCAGAGCACGCAUGCACUUGGCAAGGGCCACCUCCGCGUCGGGCUGGAGGGAGCGCGCUCGGGCUGCUGACGCGCUGGUGGUGCCUUAUUAAUCUUUCACCAGCCCAGAGCCGCGCCAGUUAAUGGCUGUGCCGCGUGGGGCUCCAGCGUUCUGGCCUCCCAGUCUCCGCGCUCGCCAGUGCCCCGGCGCCCCGGAGCGGCAAGCGGCAGCGCUCAGGAAGCCGCUGGGCGAUGUGCCCCGCCGGCGCGGGUAGGAGCCGAGCUCCCCACAGUCGCUGCGCGCUACCCCGAGGCGCCGGGUGGCUGUGAGCUGCAGGCGAGCGGUCGGGCGCGGAGGGAGGGCGCAGGCAGCGGGGCGCGAGGACAGAGCCCCAGCCCCGGCAACUCCACCGGCCCCCCUCAGCCAGGAUGUUCCCCAAUGGCACCGCCUCCUCUCCCUCCUCUCCUAGCCCCAGCCCGGGCAGCUGCGGCGAAGGCGGCGGCAGCAGGGGCCCCGGGGCCGGCGCUGCGGACGGCAUGGAGGAGCCGGGACGAAACGCGUCCCAGAACGGGACCUUGAGCGAGGGCCAGGGCAGCGCCAUCCUCAUCUCUUUCAUCUACUCCGUGGUGUGCCUGGUGGGGCUGUGUGGGAACUCUAUGGUCAUCUACGUGAUCCUGCGCUACGCCAAGAUGAAGACGGCCACCAACAUCUACAUCCUGAACCUGGCCAUUGCUGACGAGCUGCUCAUGCUCAGCGUGCCCUUCCUGGUCACCUCCACGUUGCUGCGCCACUGGCCCUUCGGCGCGCUGCUCUGCCGCCUCGUGCUCAGCGUGGACGCGGUCAACAUGUUCACCAGCAUUUACUGUCUGACCGUGCUCAGCGUGGACCGCUACGUGGCCGUGGUGCACCCCAUCAAGGCGGCCCGCUACCGCCGGCCCACCGUGGCCAAGGUGGUGAACCUGGGCGUGUGGGUGCUGUCGCUGCUCGUCAUCCUGCCCAUUGUGGUCUUCUCGCGCACGGCGGCCAACAGCGACGGCACGGUGGCCUGCAACAUGCUCAUGCCCGAGCCCGCCCAGCGCUGGCUGGUGGGCUUCGUGCUGUACACGUUUCUCAUGGGCUUCCUGCUGCCUGUCGGGGCCAUCUGCCUGUGCUACGUGCUCAUCAUUGCCAAGAUGCGCAUGGUGGCCCUCAAGGCCGGCUGGCAGCAGCGCAAGCGCUCGGAGCGCAAGAUCACCCUGAUGGUGAUGAUGGUGGUGAUGGUGUUUGUCAUCUGCUGGAUGCCUUUCUACGUGGUGCAGCUGGUCAACGUGUUCGCUGAGCAGGACGACGCCACGGUGAGCCAGCUGUCGGUCAUCCUGGGCUAUGCCAACAGCUGCGCCAACCCCAUCCUCUACGGCUUUCUCUCGGACAACUUCAAGCGUUCUUUCCAGCGCAUCCUAUGCCUGAGCUGGAUGGACAACGCCGCUGAGGAGCCGGUCGAUUACUAUGCCACGGCCCUCAAGAGCCGCGCCUACAGCGUGGAGGACUUCCAGCCCGAGAACCUGGAGUCCGGCGGCGUCUUCCGCAAUGGCACCUGCACGUCCCGGAUCACCACGCUCUGAGCCUGGGCCACGCAGGGUUCGUGCGCCCAAAGAGAAGCAGCAUGAGAAGGGAAAACCGGGUGCGAAAGGGGACGGUAUUCAGGUCCCAGGGUGCGUUGGGGAUAACGUGGGGCUAGGACACCGCGAGUCCCUGGUGCAGGGACCCGGGAAGGGCGGGACAACGGUAGGAUGGAGAGAUUUGUUUAUAAACUGAGAAGCAUUCCUGCCACCUUCUCGGUCUCCCACUUUCUCGGCGCCUUUCUCAACGGCUCUCGCUCCGCUGUGCUCUCCGACCUGCAACUUCGAUCCUUCCUUCGCCACCAUCCCGCCCACGCAGGACACGAACUCUUUAGCAUAGUCAACUCAGCCAGUCCUCAGUCCCUCCGGCCUUAUUUCUGUUUGGUUACGCUGAGCCACGGUUACCGCCACGGGUUUCCCUCGGGGUUAGCCCCUCGCUGGUCCUCAGCCCCGCCCAGCCGCUCCCGGGGCCGCUGGUCCAGGUGCUGCCUGGUGCCCCUAGUGGUGUCCCGGGAACCACCGCUCUCCCUUUGCACAGCCCUACUGGAAGGGUGGUGGGACUUCAGAAAGAGCUAGGCAGCUGGUUUGUUUCCCCACUCUUGGGUGAACGUGCGUCCUUCCCCGGGGCCUUUCGUCACUCUCACUCCACCCAGAGCAAAGCCAGGUGCUUAGUGAAACAUGUCCUGCGCUUGGAACCCCAGGCUUUCUGCAGUCCCCAGCCAAGCUCCCCUCUAGAGCAAAAGGGAGCUGAGAACAAGCCAAAUGAGUUUUUAUGAGAGUCUAGGUUUGGUGAGGAGGUGGGUGUACCAGAACUCUCCCUCAAGACAGGCGCUCUCAGUUUCAAAGAGCAAGCGCUGCGCGCUCCUGGCGGGGCCAGGGUUAGGCAGGGCAGGGCAGGACUCACCUUCUCCUGGGAGUCCCCGGGUCACAGGGCUGCAACUCCGCCUGGCUCUCUCCCUCACACCAGAGUCUGGAGGAGCCCGCUAAGAGUAAGAAGAGGCUCGGCUUCCUGCUCCCGUUUACCUUGAAGACCCAGUGACUAGGGUGACUCUUCCGGAGCCUUGACCAACACUGGCUGUGUCCCCACAACCUGCAGGCUCCAGAAUGAGGCCUGCCUGGCCUCCGAGGGUUGCUGCCUUUCAUGCGGUGCCUCAUAAGUUAUUUAUUGCUUAACAUAUUUAUUUAUUUGUGGUGUUGGAAAGUGUGUCUUUGGUCUCCUGCCCUCUACUUGCCUGGUCCCGGUCUUGUCUUUGAGACCCGGUGGGUGGGAUGAAAGUGGAAGUGGGAGAAAGCUCCCAGCCCCGAGGCCCACCUCUGGAAACCUCUCCUCUCCUCUGGAUUUAUCCUUUCCUAGCCUUUCGGGGUUUGAUUGGGUCCAGUGAAGUUUGGAGAUUUUUUUCAUCUUUUUCUUGUUGUGGAGUCUUGUUUGUCAGAUACAUGCUUGUGAGUUGGUAUCUCCUGUCCACACACGGUGGAAAAGUCCUGAACUCCUGGGUUUCCAGGACUCAUAUGUAGGCGAAACACCACUGUGUAUGAUUUGAGAGUGUGUAUAUUUUAUAUAUGUGAUGUGGACACAUAUAUAUUAGUUUAUCUUAUUCCAUUCACGAGUCCAUGAAACAAUUCCAAGUACAGCCUCGACCAGUGCUGGGUGUGAGUCUGGCUGGAACACUUUCAGCUUCUGGGGUUCAAGCAUCACUCAACCUGAAGCUGAGAAAUCUAAUUCAGACAUAGACUUUAGUCACUGCUGGGGAUGCCCAUGCUUCCUCUGGGUUCCUGCAGAGAUGAUUCUCCCACCCAGUCCACGUGGCAUCAUCCCUCCUGUGAGGACACUAAAAGUGGAAUGAUUUGUGUCUAUGUCUAAUCUUACCAACUACAUUGGAAGCCUGAGCAGACAAGGACCAAUAAUUUUACUUCUUUGUACUUCCUGUAUUGCUUUAGUAUGCUGGCUUGUACAUAGUAGGCAUUUGUUGGUUGAUUGUUUAAGCAAGUCAGAGUUUAUUUCAACAGUCCCGAGAUACUAAACCAAGGGUUCUCAGGUUCUCUCAUUGACGUGAUACACAAUGGUUAAAAAUCACUAUUGAAAAAGAUGUUUUGUAUAUAUUUGCUUCAAGAACUUUAUGCUUUCUGGAAAGCAGUCACUGAGAGCUAAGAUGUUUUGUUUAAACUAAUGAACAAAUAUGCUUUUGGUUACACGUCAGAAAGUUUAGGUCUGUUCUUUAAUAAUUACAUAUAUUAUUAGUCCUUUGGAAAAUAGAUUUUUAACGGUUAAGAAUGGUGAAAUUUAACAAU